AUGCAACUCCGCCGGCCCUCCGCCUUCUCCGCCGCGGCGGCGGCGGUGCUCUUAUCCCUCUCUCUUUCUGUCCUCCUCCCCUCCACCGCCUACGCCCAAAACAUCACCCACAUCCUCGCCGGCCACCCAAGUUUAUCCCUCUUCAAUAAAUAUCUCACCAAAACCCACCUCGCCGCCGAGAUCAACGGCAGACAAACAAUCACCGUCUGCGCCGUCGACGACGCCGCCAUGAAUCUCCUGCUCUCCAACUCUCCCGCCCUUCCCACCAUAAAAAACGUGCUCUACUUCCACGUCCUCCUCGACUACUUCGACCCCAAGAAGCUCCACCAGCUCUCCGACGGCUCCGCCAACAUCACCACCCUAUUCCAGACCACCGGCUCCGCCACCGAAUCCUCCGGCUUCGUCAACAUCGCCGACCUCACCGGCGGCAAGGUCCGCUUCUCGCCCCUCGACUCUCCCAACAUCUCUGCCACUUUCGUCAAAAACAUUCAGUCCAUUCCGUACAACCUCUCCGUCAUCCAGAUCUCGUCCCUCAUCGCUUCCCCCGAGGCCGAGGCGCCGUCGCCGGCGCCGGCGCCGCUGAAUCUCACGGCCCUCAUGUCGGCCACCGACUGCAAGAUCUUCGCCGAGACGCUGCGGGAUAAUCCGCAGGCUCAGCAGACGUUCGACGACAAUGUUCAGGGCGGAUUAACGGUUUUCUGCCCCAGCGACGACGCGAUGAAGAAAUUCUUGCCGGAAUAUAAUAAGAAUCUGAGCACACACGAUAAGCAAUCUGUACUCGAGUACCACGGGAUUCCGGUCUACGAAUCGCUCGCGGGAUUGAAAUCGGGCAACGGAGUAUUCAACACAUUGGCCACUGACGGCGCGAAAAAAUACAAUUUCACGGUGCAGAACGACGGCAGCACUGUGACCGUCAAGACGGGUGUCGUGACGGCCAAGAUUGUUACUUCGCUGCUCGACGAGCAGCAGCUGGCAAUUUAUAAGCUGGAUAAGGUACUGCUGCCCAAGGAGCUGUUCAAAUCGGAUCUGUCUCCGGCGCCGGCGCCGGCUCCGGGUCCCGAAGCCGAUGCAGAGUCUCCGAAGCCGUCGAGGAAUCACAAGUCGCCUCCGGCGCCGGCUGCUCCGGCCGAUUCCCCGUCGGACUCCCCGGCGGAUGCGCCAGACGGUGAUCCGGCGGAUCAGACUGAUGAUAACGGCGGGGAGAGGUUUAGCGGUGGGAGAUUUGGUGCUGUCAUUCUCAGUCUCUGCCUUUUGACCGGUGUCGUGACGGCCAAGAUUAUUACUUCGUUGGUCAACGAGCAGCAGCUGGCAAUUUAUAAACUCGACAAGGUGCUGCUGCCCAAGGAGCUGUUCAAAUCGGAUCUGGCUCCGGCGCCGGCGCCGUCCAGGAAUCACAAGUCGCCUCCGGCACCGGCUGCUCCGUCCGAUUCCCCGGCGGAUGCGCCAGACGGUGAUCUGGCGGAUCAGACUGCGGACGAUAGCGGCGGGGAGAGGUUUAGCGGUGGGAGAUUUGGUGCUGUCAUUCUCUGCCUUUUGGUUUUUCAAUUACAGCUGUGA